GAAAAAGGACGUAAAAUGUUUCAAUUUUAUUUGGAGAGGACACCAGACAAAAUUCUAGGACUAUGCCUAUAUUUCGUUCGCUAUAAGAAUGACACAUCCAUAAGUGAUAAAACUAUACACGAGGAAGUUUCCUUUGGUGUUUUGGAUGCCAGUGAUGGACUCCUACCUGGUAUUAAAGAUUUACUAGAAAAGGUUUUUCUCCCUGCUAUCCUUGAAACAAGUAAUUGGGGUGAUUUAGGUGAGUCCAAAGAGGAUACAAAGGACAAGCAGAAGUUUGUGGAAACAAUUAAGAAAUACAUUUCAUUUAUAGGAGGUGCUGCAGAAUGCAUUGAAGGAACAGUUGAGUUGAAAAAAGUAGAUCACAUUAAUUUUUCUGAACUCCAGACCUUUGAUAAAAUAACUGCAGCUGCUGACAGUCAUGACACAGUUACCCAGCUAGAGGAAGUACUUAUGAUAUGGUAUAAACAAAUUGAACAUGUUCUGACUGAGAGCAAACAGCUAAGGAGAGAAGCUAAGGAUUCAGGUCCACUGAUGGAACUGGAGAACUGGAAAUACAUGUCUGCUAAAUUGAACUUUAUUAUUGAACAGAUCAAAGGACAAAACUGUAAAGCUGUUAUCAAUGUUCUGAAAGUUGCACACUCUAAAAUACUAAAGUCAUGGCAAGAAUUAGAUGGCAAAAUCACAGAUGCAGCAAACGAAUCAAAGGAUAACGUGAGAUACCUAAGCACACUUGAAAAAGUUUGUCAGCCCCUUUAUACCACUGAUGUUGUAUUAAUGACACAGGGAAUACCAUACUUGAUAAAGGCUGUACAAAUGAUUCACCGUGUUUCAAAAUAUUACAAUACUUCUGAGAGAAUUACAUCAUUACUUAUAAAGGUUACAAACCAAAUGGUCACAACAUGUAAAGCAUACAUUACAGAUGCUGGCUUGAAUCGACUCUGGGAUCAGGAGACACCAGUAGUCACUGGAAAAAUCAAUGACUGCAUAUAUCUGUUGAGAGAAUAUCAGAAAUGCUUCCAUGAAGCCAGGCAAGAGACUUCUAAAAAUCUAGGGGAAAAGGCAUUGGAAGUAUCAGAAAUGUACAUUUUUGGAAAAUCUGAAGCUUUUUGUAGGAGAUUAGAAAAAAUAAUGGAAAUGAUAGCCAUAGAACAGAAUUUUAAUGCACUGACUCAGUGUGCAAUUGAAGGUAUAGAUCUUAUGGCAGUAAAAUUCAAAAAUAUCUACCACAUUUUUCAAAAGAAACCAUAUGACACCCUUGAUCCACAAGUAACAGAAUUUGAUGUGGAUUUUGUGAAAUUCAAGACAGAAGUUGAACGUUUAGAGACACAGCUACAGAAUUUUAUGCGCACCUGUUUUCAGAAAAUUUUGUCUUCACAGAAUUCACUUCAGUUACUUCAAAGGUUUCAAAGUCUGAAUAUGCCAUGCCUACAAGAAGAAACAGCAAAUACAAUUAGUUCUAUUCUUCAACAUUAUGUAGCAGAACUUGAAGCUACUAAAAAGCUUUACCAAACGCAGAAAGAUGACCCUCCUCUUGCUCGAAACAUGCCACCUAUUGCAGGAAAGAUACUGUGGGUGAGACAGCUAUUCAGAAGGGUAAAUGAGCCAAUCAGCUAUUUCCAUAAACAUUCAGAUAUCUUGGCAAGUCCAGAAGGUAAAGCAGUUGUUCAAUCAUACAACAAACUUGCAUAUGUAUUGGUGGAGUUCGAGGUAGUCUAUCAUAAUGCAUGGCUGAAGGAAAUGUCACAAUUACAAUAUCUCUUACAAUCCACGAUAUUUGUGCGUCAUCCUACAACUGAGAAGCUCCUGGUUAAUUUUGAUCCCCAGAUUCUAGAGAUUGUGCGAGAGACAAAAUGUAUGGUAAAGUUGGGUCUAGAAGUACCAGAGCAAGCAUUCAAACUAGCAAUAUUAGAAGAUGAAUUGAAGUCAAACAAGUUGAAGUUAGAGGCUAUUAUUGAAUCUUAUGAAGAAUUGUGUCAAGGAACACGAAGCGUGUUUGUAAAUCUUUUUGCACCAAAAAUGCAAACGAUGGAAGCUGUGUUGAGGCAAGGACUUACCAUGUUGACUUGGUCAUCUGUCACACUGGAAACUUUCUUUAAAGAAGCUCAUCAAAUUCAGCAUAUAUAUAGUCAGCUUUUGAGAAGGGUAAAUAUUAUAACUGACGUGCGGAUUGGUACAUUAUUAGAAGAAAUAUCAAGUACUUCUUUAGUUAGCUUGCCAGUAGAUGAUGCUCUCAAAAUUGAGGAUCUGUUGACUGACAAUGAGGAAUAUACUAAAGAAUGUUCUGAGCUCUUUAACGUCAAAAGCAUGCGCGUUGAAGAAUCUGUUCAAGAUCUAAUAGAGAUAUUUGAAAAACAUUGUCUAUUUCCAUCUUUUAGGCCCUCAGAAUUUCAAGCUAAUUUGCUAAACAAAUUUUCCUCUCAUGAUAAAGAAGAAGAGUUUAAAAAGAACUGUAAAGACUUACUUGCCCAUUUCAGUCGCCGGCUGCUAGUCUGUCUCCAGAAAUCAACCCGACUGUCUUUGGAUCGUAUUAGAAGAAGAAUGAGUGCUCCAAUGUAAGUUGCUAAUGAAGGAUUCCCUCAAUACCAAUCUGAGAACGUCCCUCCUUUUAUAAAAGCAGAAGUACACCUUCAGAUUCCAAAUCUGGUAAUAGUUCCCACUUUAGAUGAUAUACAGCAUGCCAUCAAUCGCAUGGUUCAUUUAAUACUGGAAGUAAAUCGAGGAGUUGCUCAGUGGGGACAGAGGCAUUUGCAAAAAUCUAUUUUAAAAACAGAACAGCAAUCAGCUUCUGCAGGCUUUGGAUCACAAGGAAAAAGAGGCAGAAAAGGAGAAAAAGGUGAUGAUGUUGUCAGAAAGUUAAAAAAUUUUUACUCGGGUGUUGCAGAAAAUGAAACUAUUACUAAAAUAAUUGUGAAUCUCUCUUCUUCUGCGAGUUCUCUAAAAGAAGGAGUUAGUGAAGUUCUGAAAGAAUUUGAUAAAUAUAAGGUGUUGUGGACAGGAGAUAAAGAUGCCAUAUUUCAGGAAUUUUUUGCUACUGGUCCCACCUUGUCUGAAAUUAAAGAAGAAAUAGUUCACUACGAUACGUUUGAGCAAGAGAUGAAAAAUUUUAAACCCACUCUGCCUCUUGGUCCAAUUGAGUUGCACACAGAACCACUGAAGAAAGCUUUAGCAAUUGAAGCCAAUUCCUGGAAGAUGGUCCUCUGUCGUUAUUUAAAUGUGGAAUAUAAAGCGAAAUUGCUAGACAUAACCACGUUCAUAAGUGAUUACCUAAACAAAUUGGCUCGACCUCUGCUUGACUUAGAUGAUGUCAGAUUAGCAAUGGAAGCUUUAGCUACCAUUCAAGAAAGGAGAGCAGAUAUAGACUUCUCUAUGGGACCUAUUGAAGAAGCCUAUGCCAUUUUAAAUGCAUUUCAUGUGGAAAUUACAAAAGAGGAAUCAGAUGGUGUUGAUACAAUGAGAUAUGAUUUUAAUAAAUUAAAAGCCCAAGCUAUUGUAGUGCAAGAUGAGUUGGUUGAAGUUCAGCCCAAGUUUAAGAAAGAGUUGCUAGAAGCAGUUGAAUGUUUUCAGGAUGACGUGGCACAAUUUGAAACAGCUUAUGAAAAGGAAGGGCCUAUGGUUCCAAACAUUCCACCUCAGGAAGCCAGUAAGAGGCAGCAGAUCUUUCAGGCUAACUUUGAUGAGCUGUGGAGAAAGUUUAUCACGUACUCAUCUGGUGAACGGUUGUUUGGAUUGCCUGUCACAGAGUAUGACAUUUUAUAUAGAGUCAGGAAGGAGUUAGGCUUGCUUCAGAAAUUGUAUGGAUUAUAUGAUACUGUAAUAAGCACUAUUGAUGGUUACUAUGACAUACUUUGGACAGAGAUAGAUAUUGAAAAAAUCACUAAUGAACUUACAGAUUAUCAAGCCAGGUGUCGUAGACUACCUAAAGGCCUCCACCACUGGCAAGCAUUUUCUGAUCUCAAGAAAAGAAUUGAGGAUUUUAUUGAGUGUUGUUCUUUGCUGGAAAUGAUGUCUGACAAAGCAAUGAAGCAGAGACACUGGGAUCGUAUUUCUGAAACAACAGGACAUACAUUUGAUGUAGAAUCUGAGACCUUUUGCCUUCGAAACAUCAUGGAAGCACCAAUUCUUGAAAAUAAAGAAGAUCUUGAGGAUAUAUGCAUAUCUGCUAUGAAGGAAAAGGAUAUAGAAGCCAAACUGUUACAAGUAGCUGAAACCUGGGCUGCGCAGAAUCUGAGCUUUGCACCGUUCAAAGCAAGAGGAGAGUUGCUGCUGAAGGGGAUUGAAUCAGCAGAAAUUAUGAUAAUGAUGGAGGACAGUUUAAUGAUUCUGGAUUCUCUAAUGUCCAAUAGAUACAAUACAGCAUUUAAAAAGCAAAUUCAGAGCUGGGUUUCUAAACUAAGCAGCUCUUCACACAUAAUUGAAGAAUGGCUGAUUGUGCAGAACCUCUGGAUUUAUCUUGAAGCUGUUUUUGUAGCAGGAGAUAUUGCAAAAGAGUUACCCCAGGAAGCAAAGCGUUUUCAGAAUAUUGACAAAUCGUGGGUAAAAAUAAUGCAACGAGCUCAUGAAAAUUCAAAUGUAGUUGCCUGCUGUGUUGGAGAUGAUACUAUGGAGCAACUUCUCCCUUAUUUACAUGAACAGUUGGAAGUAUGUCAGAAAUCACUUACAGGAUAUUUAGAGAAGAAAAGACUGCUGUUUCCAAGAUUCUUUUUCAUUUCUGAUCCUGCACUUGUUGAAAUUCUUGGACAAGCAAGUGAUUCUCAUACAAUCCAGCCACAUCUGACUUCCAUAUCUGACAACAUAAAUGAAGUAGAGUUUCACCCAAAGGAUUACGAUCGCAUACUGGCAGUCAUUUCAAGAGAAGGAGAAAAAAUUUCACUGGACACUCCAGUGCUUGCAAAAGGACCAGUAGAAAUUUGGUUGAAGGCUUUAUUGCAAAUGCAACAGAGGUCGUUGCAUGGCAUAAUUAGGGCAGCAUUUUACCAAAUUAGUGACCCAGGAUAUCAGUUGUUGAAUUUUCUUAAUCAAUUCCCAGCACAGGUUGGAUUACUGGGAGUUCAAAUAUUGUGGACACGUGAUGGAGAAGAAGCUCUACGCAAUGCUAAGGAUGACAAAAAAAUUAUGGACGUAACCAAUGCUAGAUUUCUGGAUAUUCUGAAUACAUUGAUUGGCCAGACCACACUGGAUCUUUCCAAGUUUGAGAGAGUGAAAUUUGAAACACUUAUUACCAUCCACGUGCAUCAGCGUGAUAUUUUUGAUGACUUGGUAAAAAUGAACAUCAGAUCACCAACUGAUUUUGAGUGGUUAAAGCAGUCAAGAUUCUACUAUAAAGAGGAUUAUGAUCAAGUCAUCGUAGGAAUCACAGAUGUUGAUUUUGUUUACCAAAAUGAAUUUCUGGGUUGCACUGAUCGUCUGGUUAUAACGCCUCUUACAGACAGGUGCUAUAUAACUUUAGCACAAGCUUUGGGAAUGAACAUGGGAGGAGCUCCAGCAGGACCAGCUGGAACUGGUAAAACAGAAACAACGAAAGACAUGGGAAAGGCUCUGGGGAAAUACGUAGUAGUCUUUAACUGCUCUGAUCAAAUGGACUUCAGAGGUUUGGGCAGGAUUUUCAAAGGUCUUGCACAGUCUGGAUCUUGGGGAUGUUUUGAUGAAUUCAAUCGAAUUGAGUUACCUGUCUUGUCAGUAGCAGCACAACAAAUCUAUAUUAUUUUAACAGCAAGAAAAGAAAAAAAAAAGCAGUUCAUUUUUUCUGAUGGGGACUGUGUGGAUUUAAAUCCAGAGUUUGGAAUUUUCCUAACUAUGAAUCCUGGAUAUGCUGGACGUCAAGAACUACCAGAAAAUCUCAAAGUACAGUUUAGAAGUGUUGCAAUGAUGGUUCCAGAUAGACAGAUAAUUAUAAGGGUUAAACUUGCAAGUUAUGGAUUCAUUGAUAAUGUGGUCUUGGCUAAGAAAUUCUUUGUUCUUUAUAAACUUUGUGAGGAGCAGCUCACUAAGCAGGUCCAUUAUGACUUUGGUCUGAGGAAUAUCCUUUCAGUACUGAGGACUCUUGGAGCUCAAAAGAGAGCCAGGCCAAAUGAAGGCGAAUUGAGUAUUGUCAUGAGAGGGUUAAGAGAUAUGAAUCUUUCUAAGCUGAUAGAUGAAGAUGAGCCUUUGUUUCUGAGUCUCAUCAAUGAUCUCUUCCCGGGGUUGCAGUUGGACAGCAGUACCUAUGAUGAGCUCCAGGCUGCAGUGGCUCAUCAGGUUGAAGAGGCAGGAUUGGUUAACCACCCACCAUGGAACCUUAAGCUUGUUCAGUUGUAUGAAACCAAUCUGGUACGUCAUGGGUUGAUGACGCUUGGACCUAGUGGGUCUGGAAAAACGAUGGUCAUAACUAUAUUGAUGAGAGCACUCACAGAAUGUGGCCAUCCUCAUAAGGAAAUGCGCAUGAACCCCAAAGCUAUCACUGCUCCUCAAAUGUUUGGAAAACUAGAUGCUGCAACUAAUGACUGGACAGAUGGAAUCUUUUCUACUCUGUGGAGGAAAACACUGAAAACCAAAAAGGGUGAAAAUGUGUUUCUAGUUUUAGAUGGUCCUGUAGAUGCAAUCUGGAUUGAGAAUUUAAAUUCAGUUUUGGAUGAUAACAAGACCCUCACUCUUGCAAAUGGAGAUCGAAUUCCUAUGUCCCCUUCCUGUAAACUGUUAUUUGAGGUCCACAACAUUGAGAAUGCCUCUCCAGCAACAGUUUCUCGAAUGGGUAUGGUCUUCAUCAGCUCUUCUGUCCUCAGCUGGAGACCAAUAUUGCAGGCAUGGCUGAAAAAACGUACUGCUCAGGAAGCUGAACUUUUGCAAAGUUUGUAUGACAGAAUCUUUGAACCAGCAUAUACAUAUAUGAAACUAAACCUUAACCCCAAAAUGGAGCUUCUGGAAUGUAACUACAUUAUGCAGUCUAUUAAUCUUCUGGAGGGCUUGAUUCCAUUGAAGGAAGAACGUGGUGUAUCAGCUACACAACUACUGCAUAAAUUGUUCAACUUUGCAAUAAUGUGGAGUUUAGGUGCCCUUCUGGAGCUGGACAGUCGAGAUAAACUUGAAGCCUUCAUUAGAGCUCAUGAUAAUAAAUUAGACUUACCAAAAAUCCCCCGUGACAGUAAUCAAACGAUGUAUGAGUUUUAUGUAACUGAUCGUGGUGCCUGGGAGCACUGGAGUAAUAAAGUUCAGGAAUUUGUUUAUCCAACAGAUCAUGUCCCAGACUAUGCAUCUAUUCUGGUUCCAAAUGUUGAUAAUACCAGAACUCAGUUUUUGAUAAACACAAUUGCAAAACAAAAGAAAGCUGUUUUGCUCAUAGGAGAACAGGGCACUGCGAAGACAGUUAUGAUUAAGGGAUAUAUGAAGAGAUAUGACCCAGAAGAGCAUUUGUCAAAAAGUCUAAACUUUUCUUCUGCCACAGAACCAUUUAUGUUUCAGAGGACAAUAGAGAGUUAUGUGGACAAACGUGUUGGAAGCACUUAUGGACCUCCUGGGGGCAGAAAGAUGACUAUUUUUAUUGAUGAUAUCAAUAUGCCAUUUAUCAACGAAUGGGGAGAUCAGAUAACAAAUGAAAUUGUCCGUCAGAUGAUGGAAAUGAGAGGGAUGUACAGCUUGGAUAAACCUGGAGAAUUCCUUACAAUUGUAGAUGUACAAAUAAUAGCAGCAAUGAUCCAUCCUGGAGGAGGCCGUAACGAUAUUCCCCAGCGUUUGAAAAGACAAUUUUGUGUAUUCAACUGUACAUUGCCAUCCAAUGCAUCCAUUGACAAAAUUUUUGGUAUAAUUGCCAAUGGAUACUUUCAUCCCUGUAGAGAAUUCAACCCUGAAGUAUGUAGUAUGGUGGAAAGAUUGGUCUCAACAGGAAGAAUAUUGUGGCAGCGGACAAAGGCAAAGAUGUUACCUACACCAUCCAAAUUCCACUACAUCUUCAACCUUCGAGACCUUUCUAGAAUUUGGCAAGGAAUGUUAACUAUAAAGGCAGAAGAAUGCGCAAGCAGCAGUGUUAUCCUAAAACUUUUUAAACAUGAAUGUACCAGGGUAAUUGCUGACAGGUUUAAUACACCCGAAGACACAGCUUGGUUUGAAAAAACUAUUGAUAAAACAAUUGAGGAAUAUGUGGAGGCAGAUUUAAGUGAAGUUCUCAAAACUGAACCAUAUUUUGUAGAUUUUUUGAGGGAUGAGCCUGAACCAACUGGUGAUGAACCAGAAGACGUUGAGCUUGUAGCACCAAAAAUUUAUGAGGAGGUUCCAAGCUAUGAAUUCCUCUGCAACAAAUUGCGGUACUAUCAGUCCCAAUACAAUGAAAGUAUUAGAGGGUCCUUUCUUGAUUUGGUGUUUUUCAAGGAUGCAAUGACACAUCUUAUUAAGGUUUCCCGAAUUAUUCGGACAGCCUAUGGAAAUGCUUUACUUGUUGGAGUUGGUGGAUCUGGAAAACAAAGUCUUUCAAAGUUAGCCUCCUUCAUUGCUGGCUAUAAAAUAUUUCAGAUAACUCUAACCAGGUCCUAUAAUAUAACCAAUCUGUCAGAAGAUUUAAAAGUGUUAUAUAGGACAGCUGGACAGGAAGGACAAGGUAUCACCUUCAUUUUCACUGAUAAUGAGAUAAAAGAGGAAUCAUUUUUGGAAUAUGUAAAUAAUCUGCUGUCUUCAGGAGAGAUUUCUAAUUUAUUUGCUCGGGAUGAAUUGGAUGAAAUCACACAAUCCUUAGUACCUGUGAUGAAAAAAGAGCUGCCUCGGCAUCCUCCUACCUUUGACAAUCUUUAUGAGUACUUCUUAAGUCGAGCAAAGAAGAACUUGCACGUUGUCCUCUGCUUUUCUCCAGUUGGUGAGAAGUUCCGUGCGCGUUCUUUGAAAUUUCCUGGUCUGAUAUCAGGGUGCACCAUGGAUUGGUUCAGUCGAUGGCCCAGGGAAGCUCUUGUAGCUGUGUCCAACUAUUUUCUGUCAGAGUUUAAUAUGGUCUGCCCUCCACCAGUUAAAACAGAAGUAGUAGAAACCAUGGGUCUCUUCCAUGAUAUAGUAUCAGAAAGCUGUGAGAAUUACUUCCAAAGGUAUCGAAGACGAGCUUAUGUAACACCUAAAUCUUACCUGUCUUUCAUCAAUGGCUACAAAGAGGUUUACACUGAGAAGUUAAAUAGUAUUAAUGAGCAGGCCGAACGUAUGCAAACUGGUCUGUCCAAGCUGAUGGAAGCCAGUGAAUCUGUUGCUCAGCUCUCUAAGGACUUGGCUAUUAAGGAGAAGGAGCUGGCUGUGACUUCUGCUAAGGCAGAUAAAGUACUAGAAGAAGUCAAACAAAGUGCUGAAGCCGCAACUAAAAUAAAACUUGAAGUCCAGGAGGUGAAAGAUAAAGCACAAAGGAUCGUGGAUGCAAUUGAUAUAGAAAAGCAGGAGGCAGAGAAAAAACUGGAGGCAGCUAAACCAGCACUAGAAGAAGCAGAAGAAGCUCUGAAAACCAUCAGACCAGAGGAUAUUGCUACUGUUAGAAAACUUGCAAAACCUCCACACCUCAUUAUGAGGAUCAUGGACUGCUGUCUGCUACUAUUUCAAAAGAGAUUGGAUCAAGUUACUAUGGAUCCAGAAAAGCCUUGCUGCAAGCCAUCCUGGGGAGAAUCAUUAAAACUUAUGAGCGGCCCGUUCUUGAACAACCUAAGGAACUUUGCUAGGGAUACAAUCAAUGAUGAGACAGUAGAAUUAGUCCAGCCUUACUUUGAAAUGGAAGACUAUACACUGGAAAAUGGUAAAAAGGUGUGUGGCAACGUGGCAGGACUCCUCUCUUGGACAAAGGCCAUGGUGGUAUUUUAUGGUGUUAACAGAGAAGUCCUCCCUCUUAAGGCUAACCUGGCAAAACAAGAAGGUCGCCUGAAAGUAGCUAAUGCAGAAAAAGAUAAAGCUCAGGCAGAAUUAGAUGAAAAGCAAGCUGAACUGGAUAAAGUGCAGGCAAAGUUUGAUGCAGCAAUGAAGGAGAAAAUGGACUUAGAGGAUGAUGCAGAAACAUGCAAAAGAAAAAUGCAAGCAGCCUCUGCACUUAUAGAUGGACUGAGUGGUGAGAAAGUUAGGUGGACUCAGCAAAGCAAAGAAUUUAAAUCUCAAAUUAAAAGACUUGUGGGAGAUAUAUUGCUCUGCACAGGCUUUCUUUCAUACUGUGGACCUUUUAAUCAAGACUUCAGAAACCUUUUGCUCAAAGACUUAUGGGAAACAGAGUUGAGAGAGCAUAAAAUCCCCUUUUCUGAUGAUUUGAACCUGAUUUCUAUGUUGGUAGACCAACCAACAAUUAGUGAGUGGAACCUUCAAGGAUUGCCUGGAGAUCACCUCUCAAUUCAGAAUGGUAUUAUUGUCACUAAGGCAUCAAGAUACCCACUUUUAGUGGACCCACAAACUCAAGGAAAAGCAUGGGUGAUAAAUAAAGAACAGGAUAAUGAAUUACAGGUAACAACUCUGAAUGACAAGUACUUCCGGCAACAUCUUGAAGACAGUCUUUCACUGGGACGAUCGCUCCUGAUUGAAGAUAUAGAGGAAGAAUUGGAUCCAGUCCUUGAUAAUAUAUUAGAAAAAAAUUUCAUAAAAUCUGGAUCUGCUUUUAAGGUGAAAGUUGGUGAUAAGGAAGUAGAUGUUAUGAAUACAUUUCGACUGUUCAUUACUACAAAGCUACCUAAUCCUUCUUUCACACCUGAAAUUAAUGCAAAAACAUCAAUUAUUGAUUUUACUGUUACAAUGAAAGGACUUGAGAAUCAGUUACUGAGAAGAGUAAUACUCACUGAAAAACAGGAACUAGAGGCAGAACGAAUUAAACUCAUGGAAGAUGUAACUUCUAAUAAGAGGAAGAUGAAAGAACUGGAAGACAAUCUUCUUUACAAACUAAGUGCAACCAAAGGUUCACUAGUGGAUGAUGAAUCUUUAAUUGGUGUCCUGCAAACAACGAAGCAAACAGCUGCUGAGAUAGCUGUCAAGCUGUCUGUGGCAGCAGAAACUGAAGUGAAGAUUAACACGGCUCAGGAGGAAUAUCGACCUGUUGCUACACGUGGAAGCAUCCUUUAUUUCCUUCUUACAGCAAUGAGCAUGGUCAACAAUAUGUAUCAAACUUCACUGGCUCAGUUCUUGAAGCUGUUUGAUCAAUCUAUAGCCAGGUCCAAGAAGUCUCCUGUGCCUCAGAAAAGAAUCUCAAAUAUUAUUGAAUAUCUUACUUUUGAAAUUCACUCAUAUUCUGUUAGAGGCCUGUAUGAAAACCACAAAUUCCUCUUUACCCUCCUCCUGGCUUUAAAAAUUGAUAUUGAGAGAGGACAUGUGGAAAACAGAGAGUUCCAAACUCUCAUUAGAGGAGGUGCAGCUUUGGAUCUACAGGCUUGCCCACCCAAACCAAGCCGCUGGAUUCUUGAUAUGAUAUGGCUAAAUCUAGUGGAAUUGAACAAACUUCCACAAUUUGAACAAAUUUUGAACCAGAUAGCUCACCAUGAUAAGCAAUGGAAACACUGGUUUGAUAAAGAUGCCCCUGAGGAAGAAAUUAUCCCUAAUGGAUACAGUGAUUCGCUUGACACCUUUCGCAAGCUUUUACUCAUCAGAUCUUGGUGUCCAGACCGAACACUUUCCCAGGCGAGGAAAUAUAUUGCAAGUUCCUUGCAUGAGAAAUAUACAGAGCCAGUUAUUUUGAAUUUAAGAAAUACUUGGGAAGAAAGUGACAUGCGAACACCUCUCAUCUGUUUCUUGUCUAUGGGAUCAGACCCAACUGAUCAGAUUAAUUCCUUGUCUCGGAAGCUUCAUUUGGAAUGUAGGACCAUCUCAAUGGGCCAAGGACAAGAGGUUCAUGCACGCAAACUCGUAGAGGCGUCAAUGGAACAGGGAGGCUGGGUGUUACUUCAGAAUUGUCACCUUGGUCUGGAGUUCAUGGAAGAACUACUGGAGACACUUCUUACUGCUGAGAUCCAGAAUGACACAUUCCGAGUUUGGAUAACUACUGAACAACAUCUUAAAUUCCCAAUUACACUGCUACAGAUUGCUAUAAAGUUCACAAAUGAACCUCCACAAGGUAUACGUGCUGGACUGAAAAGAACAUUUUCUGGAAUUAGUCAGGAUCUGUUAAACGUUAGCAACCUGCCUAUGUGGAAACCUUUGCUUUACACUGUCGCUUUCCUGCAUUCUACUGUUCAGGAGCGACGCAAGUUUGGACCUUUGGGUUGGAAUAUUCCCUAUGAAUUUAACUCGGCAGACUUUACAGCCAGCAUUCAGUUUAUAAUUAAUCACCUAAAAAAAAUUGACAUCAAGAAGGGGAUAUCAUGGAACACAGUACGCUACAUGAUUGGAGAAGUACAGUAUGGAGGCCGAGUCACAGAUGACUAUGACAAACGUCUUCUCAAUUGCUUUGCAAGGGUAUGGUUUAGUGAAAAUAUGUUUGACAGUGCUUUCUGCUUUUAUACUGGCUAUAAAAUUCCAGUAUGCAAAACUCUGGAACAGUACUUUGAAUACAUCCAGUUACUUCCUGCCAUGGACACCCCAGAGGUGUUUGGUCUCCAUCCCAAUGCUGAUAUUACAUACCAGAGAAAUACAUCAGCUGAUGUUCUGGAUACCAUUACCAACAUUCAGCCUAAAGAAAGUGCUGGAGGAUCUGGAGAAACUCGUGAAUCAGUUGUUUAUCGUUUGGCUGAAGACAUGCUAGAGAAACUUCCUCCAGAUUACGUACCUCAUGAGGUAAAGGCUCGUUUAGUUAAAAUGGGAGUACUAAACUCGAUGAAUAUUUUUCUUCGUCAAGAAAUUGACCGCAUGCAGAGGGUGAUCACAGUUGUCCGCACCAGUUUGAAUGAUCUGAAACUAGCCAUAGAUGGAACUAUUGUUAUGAGUGAGAAUUUAAGAGAUGCACUUGAUAACAUGUAUGAUGCUCGAAUCCCUCAAGUAUGGAAAAGAGUAUCUUGGGAAUCCUCCACACUUGGCUUCUGGUUUACUGACCUUUUGGAGAGAAAUACUCAAUUAUCUAAUUGGAUAUUUCAAGGAAGACCAAAGGUGUUUUGGAUAACUGGAUUCUUUAAUCCGCAAGGAUUCCUGACAGCAAUGAAACAAGAAGCGACUCGAGCACAUAAAGACUGGGCUUUGGAUAAAGUUGCAGUACAUAAUGAUGUGCUAAAGCUGACCAAGGAAGAAAUCAUAUCACCUCCUUCUGAAGGAGUUUAUAUCUAUGGGCUCUUCUUGGAAGGUGCAGGCUGGGACAAACGAAGAAGCAUACUUGUUGAGUCUUCACCAAAGAUUCUUUUUGUCCAGCUGCCUGUGCUCCAUAUGUUUGCUGUUGAUUCAACCAGACCUAGGGAUCCCAGGCUCUAUGUUUGUCCUCUUUACAAGAAACCCAAGAGGACAGAUUUGAACUUUAUUACAGAGGUAUUUUUAAAGACAGCAAAGUCUCCAGACCACUGGAUUCUGAGAGGAGUGGCUCUUCUCUGUGACAUCAAGUAA